AUGAGCGGGCGGCGCGGGGCGGCUCCCCGCCCACUUGGACUCUAUUUACGGUGCUCGGGAGAGUCACUCCCUUAUUUACUCCGGGACUGGGUGGCGAGUGCCAGUCCGUGGCGACCUGCUCAGAGCGGGCCGGCGGCGCAGCCAGAAAACCCGGACGCGCCGCUGGGCACCCUGGAACUUGUAGUCCCGGCCACUGGAUCGGCCCAAGCACUCGUAUACACACGUACGCGCCCCGCCCGGGCUCCCGCCCCUUCUUCCGUGGCCGCCUCCGACUUCCUGGCCCGCGAUGCCGCGACUCCCCGCACCGGCUGGAGCCCCGGGCCCUGCACGCGGCUCCGGCCCCCCUCUGCCCCUCCGCUGCGCCGAACUGGGAGAGCCAGACGCGGCUCCCGCGGGGCCGAGUGCUCUGGAGCCGGGGGAAGCCGGGCUUGUCUCCCCUCGGGUCAGCUGGGGGCCGCCUCAGCACCCCAUCCCACUCGCGGUCCCCGGGAGCGUCGGGUCGGCCGGCCGAGGGAGGUGACAGGUGUCGCAAACGGCCUCUUGAGGCAGCACGACCCCAUGGGACAGAUGAGCAGCCGGAACUGGCCCAAGGUUGACCCAGCACAUGAGGGCCGGAUACCCAACUUUGGUCCGGGCCUGCUUGGUUCCCAUAUGUGGUCUGGAGAGCAGCUGGGCAGAUGUCACUGACUCAUGGAAUGAACAUGGUUGCAAAGCCACCCAGAGGAGCAGAUGCACCAUCUCAGCAGGGCUGAAGUUGCAGUGACAUUCAG